GUCGCAGUGACCGAGAUGAGGCAAGUGAUGCUGACCCACCCCCACGGUCUGUCACCGCUCUCACAUCCAUGUUGACCCAUCACGUGAUAAAAAUUUUCAACAACUGUACCACAAGUCUGUCACAUCCCCACUGCACCAAGUAAUCAAUUCAGUGACCAUUGAAAUAAUCCCAACCCUGACUGGUCUCCGGGGUCAUCCCGGAAAUCGGGAAUACAAAGUUGGACCAGUUUGUCCUGGGGAAAGGAUAAAAUUGAGUUACAAACGUGCCAACAUAGUGUCCAAGUUUGACUAGUUUCGCCACCUCUCUAACAAGUACGAGUAGAAAGUUUAAGGAUGGAAGAGCAAAUAUCGAGAUAAAGGAUAUUGGGUGAUCAGUGACGUUCCAGUGGAUUUUUCUACACGAGAGAAAAAUUACUGUGCAAUCUAGAAAUUUCAGUGCAUGGACUGAACCUCGUCGACUCGACGGCGUUAUAAUAAGAAUAAUAAUUCUCAUUAUCCGACAAUAUGCUCUCGUCAGUGGACGCAGAUUUUCUUGAUCCCAAGGUGAAGGAUGAAGAGAAAACACUGGGACCAUGUUUCGGAAAAACGAGGAAAAACAGAAUGGGCGAUGAGAGUGAUUUCAUACUAACGAAGAAUCCAUAUUACAAUAAAAUGUACGAAGAUACAUUUAAAAAAUCAAUCGAGUUUCCGGAGGAAUUCUGGGCUGAUAUAGCUCAAUGCGUUGAAUGGAGCAAGCCUUGGAACAAAGUUCUCGACAAUUCAAAUGCGCCCUUCACAAAGUGGUAUGUGGGUGGUGAAAUAAAUGCUUGUCACAAUGCAAUUGAUCGCCAUGUGAAAGCUGGAAAUGGCAAGAAAACAGCACUCAUACAUGACAGCCCCAUGACCUCGACAAAUCGUAAAGUGACAUACGACGAACUUUUGGAAAAAACUUCGAGACUUGCAGGCGCUUUGGCUGAUAUGGGAGUGAGAAAAGGCGAUCGUGUGCUUAUUUACAUGCCACUGAUUCCUGAAACUAUUAUCGCUGUUCUUGCGACUGCAAGGCUUGGGGCGGUCCACUCGGUUGUUUUUGGCGGUUUCGCCCCGAGGGAGUUGGCAACGAGGAUUGAUCAUGCCGAACCCAAAGUUCUCAUUGCUGCAAGUUGUGGAUUGGAGCCUACGAAAAUUAUCAAAUAUACAAAAAUGAUUGACGAAGCAUUAGAGCUAAUAUCAGUAGAAAAGCCAAAAUGCAUAGUGUUUCAACGGAGAAACGUGUGGGAGGCGCCAUUAUCAAAUGGCCAGGAGGAUUUCGAGGAGUUGUUGAACAGAUCUGAGCCACAUCCGUGUAUUCCAAUUGAGGCGAACGAACCCCUCUAUUUACUCUACACAUCCGGAACAACCGCCGACAAAUUGAAAAUAAUCGUAGAUAAGCCCAAGGGGGUUCAGAGACCUGUUGGUGGGCACAUUGCUACACUCUGUUGGACCAUGAAGAUCCUCUAUGGAAUGGAUAAAAACUCUAUCUGGUGGGCGGCUUCUGAUCUCGGUUGGGUGGUUGGAUUAUCGUAUAUCUGUUACGCUCCUCUUCUUUAUGGCGCUACUAGUGUCAUGUUUGAGGGUAAACCUGACAGAACACCUGAUGCUGGACAGUAUUUUAGAGUAAUUGAACAGCAUGGAGUCAAUGCAUUAUUCACUGUACCCAGUGUAUUUAGAGUUCUUCGAAGGUCAGAUCCAGAUACGAAAUUGGGGAUGAAAUAUUCAACGAAAACUUUGAAGGCGAUUUUCGUUGCCGGUGAGCACUGCGACUACGAAUCGAAAGCUUGGGCAGAAAAGGUGUUCAAAGUACCAAUAUUAAAUCACUGGUGGCAAACAGAAACAGGUCACGCUAUAACCGCCACUUGUCUCGGUCUUGGACAAAAUGUAAAACCACCUCUGUAUACCACAGGAAUGCCUUUUCCCGGAUACGAUGUUCAAAUUCUCAGGGAAGAUGGGAGUUUAGCUUCGCCUCGUGAACUCGGUAGAAUCGCCGUCAAGCUACCACUCCCUCCUGGAACAAUGUCUACUCUUUACAGGGCGGCAGACAGAUUCAAGGAUAUUUAUUUCUCCAAAUAUCCAGGGUAUUACGAUACAAUGGACGCUGGAUAUAUCGAUGAAUAUGGGUAUGUGUAUGUAACAGCGAGGGACGACGAUGUAAUCAAUGUUGCGGGUCAUAGAAUCUCGACCUCUGCGCUUGAAGAUGUGGCUCUCGGACAUCCCGAUGUUGUGGAUGCCGCUGUUGUUGGAGUUCCUGAGCACACAAAGGGAGAAGUUCCCCUGUGUCUAUACGUCAUGAAGAAUGAGGCAAUGAAGAAUGAAAAGGAGAUCAGCCAAGAGCUCGUAAGUCGAGUGCGACAAUUGAUCGGACCCAUAGCAUCUUUCAAAUUGGCUGGAGCUGUCAAGGGACUUCCCCGGACUCGGUCUGGAAAAAUUAUUCGGAAAUCUAUUGCCGAUUUGGCGCGGUCGAGAGUCAUAAAAAUGCCUAGUACAAUUGAAGAUCCCACUGUUUAUAUCGAUAUUAAGAGAGUUCUCCAAAAAUUAGGAUACGCUAACUCCGGACAAAUUUACGAUAAUUAAUUGAAAAUAGAAUUUCAUGUUAAUAGAGAAGAUCAAUUCCGAGAGAGAGAGAGAGAGAGAGAGAGAGAAAAAGCUACAAAAUAAUCACAAUAAUGAAUUAAUAAUAACUAUCUAUCUGUACAAAAAGGUUUUUUUAUUACCCUCGGGCAUGUACCAACAGUAUGAUAGACAAUGUGUUAGAAAUGAAAUUUUCACUGUUCACUGUUAAUAAUUGAAUGAAUAUAUCGAUCAAUUUC